ACGGCCGCCACCACCAUAACACACGCCAGCCAAGUCAAGAGAAGAAGCUCGCCGGAGAGAGAAGAAGCGUCGGCGAUGUCCGGCCGCGGCAAGGGAGGGAAAGGGCUGGGCAAGGGCGGCGCCAAGCGCCACCGAAAGGUCCUCCGCGACAACAUCCAGGGGAUCACGAAGCCGGCGAUUCGGCGGCUGGCGCGGCGGGGCGGAGUGAAGCGCAUCUCGGGGCUCAUCUACGAGGAGACCCGCGGCGUGCUCAAGAUCUUCCUCGAGAACGUCAUCCGCGACGCCGUCACCUACACCGAGCACGCCCGCCGCAAGACCGUCACCGCCAUGGACGUCGUCUACGCGCUCAAGCGCCAGGGCCGCACCCUCUACGGCUUCGGCGGCUAGGCUUAUCGCGCCGGUCCAGUCGAAUCCACCUCGCGCCGCCACCUAUGCUUGUUCGGUGUUUACUGUCUUCAUUGUAACGGCCGCAUCUCGCUGCUCUUGUUCAGUGUUCAGUGUUCAGUGUUUCGAUGUAGUACUAUGAUAGAAUGGAAAUCGCAGCAUUUUACCCGCGAA